CUCUCACACACGCCUAUAAACACCGCCGCCUCUCUUUCCUCUCUCCGCUUCGUGUUUUAAAGUUUUGUCACCGGAAGAAGUUGUGGAUCGGGUCGGGUAAGAGCAGAUCGAACAAAAUCAAAUGGGAUCGUUUAAGAGUAAGGUGGAGGAGGAGGAGGAGUACAACUCGUUCAACGAGUUCACGAUUAAUAAACUAUUCUUGUCGAAUCUCAUUCACACGGAGUUGGAGGAGAUGCAAUCCAAUCCCUCUGCCGAUUUCAAGUGCCUCGCGCUUGAGUCGAACCCACAGGACUGGCAAUUUGCAGUCAGAGGCCCUAAUGGAACUGAAUUUGAGGGUGGAAUUUAUCAUGGCCAGAUCAAGAUUCCGGAGGAAUACCCACACAAGCCUCCUAUAAUCACGUUGUUGUCGGAAAAUGGUCGCUUCAAAACCCAAACCGAGAUCGAUUAUUUCAGCAAUUUUUUAUGGAGGCCACGCCAAAAAGUGCGAGAUACUUUACUUAGACUUAUUGAGUUAUUGCCCACCUACCCAGAUGGUGCGUUGGGUUCAGUAGAAUACGAUAAGGAAGAAAGGCGUGUCCUGGCAAUCAAAUCUCGUUUAGCAGCCCCAAUAUAUGGCACUGAUGAACGUCAGAAGUUAAUUAAUGAGAUUCAUAAAUAUAUGCUAAGCAAGACACCCCCAGUUCCUUCAAACGGGGGAGGGGACCAAAAUGAUCGAGACAGAAGAAAGCAGGGCAUAGUUACCCAAAAAAGAAAAAGAACGCCGGACAAGAUUUUAUUUUAUAAGAAUACAAUUAAUGCUGACAACUGCAAGCGGGUAGGAUUUUUCGAUUUUGAGAAGAAGCUCAGAAGCCCUUGAACGAAUCGGUGAAAUUUUUUUUAAUUUUAGGGACAGCGAUAUUUUAGCAUUUUUUCAUCCAUUUAUCAUCAAUAUAUCGAUAAUUUCCUCAAUAAUUUUGGUCAUGUUGUAAAAUAUAUAGUAUGGAGCCCACAUGUUCUUUGCCUAUAAAAGGGUUCAUCCCUUCCUUUGUAACUACACCUAAAUGAGAAUGAGAAAUGUUCUUUGCCUAUAAAAGGGUUCAUCCCUUCCUUUGUAACUACACCUAAAUGAGAAUGAGAAAUCAGAAUGAAGAACAAAACAUUCUCUUCA